AUGAGUGGGGUGGAGCAAUUGGUCGAAUACAGGAUUCAGGUGAGUUUUAAUCCUAUAAAAAGUUCUAUUUCCUAAGGGUUUUACUAUUUUUUAAUAUUGAAAGUUUGGUGUCAUGUAUAAUAUAAAAUUGUUUCCAGUGUAUCAAAACCCACUAGGAAGGCCUAGAAAUAACAAAUUUUUACUUUAGACGAUAAAAAGUAGUGGCCUUUAAGAUUGUUUUACUAUUUUUUUUGUUUUUAAAUUUUGAUGACAAGUGUAAUAUAACUAAUUUUUUUGGUUAUACUUGAUUCAAAAUGUUGUAAUAUGACAUUCUACCCCAUAAAAAGUAGUUCUACUCUUAAAUUCUUAUAGUAUUCCCCAUUUUUAACCACUUUUUUACUUUCUGAUAUCAAGUAUAAUAUAAUUUUUGCAGAUGUAUCAGAUAGUGAUCCCGGUGUUCCUUCUAAUCAGCUGUUUCGCCGUCCUUGCCAACGGGGUUGUGAUCUGGGCCCUAAGGGGGACAAAAGUUCGGAAUGCGACGGUCACCUUGAUCCUCUCUCUGACCGUGUCAGAUAUGUGGACAAGCUCGAUUGUGGCCUGUUCCCUGCUCUACAACAGCUAUCUGCCGACCGUCCAAGGAACGGCGGUGAAUCCCUGCUUCUCUCUGCUGCUGGAAAUGCUGAGAACGGGGGGUCUGAUCACCGGAACUUUGCAAUUGCUUCUAAUCGCGGCCCAUCAUUAUAUCAGUAUUGUGCGACCUCACAGUAACAAGAAAAUGCUCAAAAAUAUCGGUAAGAUUGUUUUACAGCCCUCAGACUAUGUUGGUUACGUAAUUCACAAUUUAAAAUUAGUUUUUAUGUAAAAAAUUAUGACUACUUGUUACUUUACAUCUAAAAUUAGACUAAAUUUUAAAUUUUUGUGCUACUCCUUUUUAAUUUCCGAUUGUAAACUGACUGCUGACUAAUAAUAAUAUUUGUUCAGCCCUCGUUCUUUGUCUGGGUGCAUGGAUUCUGCCCUUAACCGUUCUUUUUGCCUUAAGCUUGAUCUUCGAAGAUCAAGGGUUUUACAACUGCUAUAACGUCCGAUUCUACCACUCCCGUGUGUUCAGAACAAGCGUCUCGGUGCUGUUGUUGAUCAUCUUCUUGAUGAUCAUGUAUUGCUACAGCAAGUUGGUGAGUAAAUAAUAUUUUUUUUUUAAUUUUAUUGAAACUCUGCUAACCGAUUGUCUUCAAAUUUGGAAUUUUUGAACUUUAGAUAGGUCGUAUUUCAAUGGCUAAAAACUUUGGCUAAUGCUUUCCAUGGAGAGCGGAGAUAUUCAAGAUUUUUGGCGAGAGAGUGCGUAAAAUGAGGAGAGACGGAAAAAGAAAAAAAUCGUUUUUUGUCAAUAACUUUUCGAAUUUUGUUUGAAAAAAAAAACUAUUUUUUUGUAAAAAAAUAAGAAAAAAUCGUUUUUUCCACAGCUUUUUCGAACUUUGCUCAAAAAAAUAAUUGUUCAUCCCGUAUUCAUUUUUAGUGUGGGAGUCAACCGUAGUAGUACAAUGUUUUAAAAGCCCUCUCUUGUAAUUUGGAUUAUUCUUCUCAAAAUUGUAUGGCAAUCAUCAAACAGUUUUCAACACUUUUUAUGACAAAGAAACUACACUUUUUUUCGAAAUUGUAGCGUUCAUUUACUGUACUAUUUUGGUACUUUCAACAAAUCUUGGCAAUGACUGUCCUUUCAGUCCGGUUUUUUAUUGUAUUUUUGAGAAGUUUCAGUCAAAAUUGAUGCCCUUUACUGACCCUAAAUUUUCAGCUCUGUAUGCUUCGUACUCAAAGUGCAAAAUGGCGUUCGAAGUCGGCCCAAAACCGCAUGACCCGCGAGAACAAAACCCUGUGGACCGCGAUUUUGAUCUGCUCCAGUUUCUUUGUGGGCUGGGCGCCGGCUACAAUCCACUUCACAAUCACCUGCAACACCUGUGAUUUGCUGCGAGAACAGCGUUUCCGAGUCCUGUUCCUCUUCAGCUGCAUCCAGCUGUCGUUUAUUCUGGGCAAAUCGCUGCUGAACCCGCUCAUCUACUCGCUGCGGAUCCCCGAAGUCGACGCUCAAAUCCGCGACAUUUUCAGUGGCUGGAGUGAGUGCGUGCGGACUUGUGGACGGUAAGCGGCAUUACCCAUGCAUCGAAAGCCCGCUCUUCCCGCAUUCCUGGGCUCUCUUUUUAUUAUUUAUGUUAGCCUCGGGUCCAAAAUUUGGAAUCGAUCAAAUGAAUAACAAAAAAAUGCCAAAAGCCCUCAAAUUAAGUCGGAAAGAUGUGUUUAUUUACCGCGGCAUUUAGACCCCGAGGCAGAACGCGCGACGUCUCGCUCGAGCGAUUUGUUUUUUGCUCUACAGAAGCCCUACUAUAAUAUCCGAAGCGAAAGUUUUUUCGACGGGCUUAAUUAAUUCAUGCUCCCUUUCCGCAUCACAGAUCGGCCGCGGUUGAGAGGGGUUAAUUAUCCCCGUUACGUGACACUGCCGAGGUCUCUGUGGUCGCUGGACUGCCGCAUCAUCUCGACAAAACAAUUUGCAUAAAUUUUUGGAGCCAUUAUUUGGAAUGAUUAUGCAUAUAAAACACAACGUCAGGAAUAUAUUUUCAGCAAAAAACCAUUAGUUCAAAUCUCAAGUUUCCCGCAAAUUUCCAGAAAAUACGUCAUGCUGAUGCAUUUGGUUACUCAGUUUUUCGAAAUUGUUCUUUUAGUCUUGAGAUAACUGGGCUGAAUGCUACAGUGGCGGACCUGAUCCAGUGGCAAAAAAAUGUAUGAUUUUGCAUCCGGGAAGUAUCAAAAAUGCAGCAAAAUACCUCCCUCUAGAAGCGAAAAAACUCCGAUUUCAAAAGCGCCCAUUCUUUUUGUGAGGGAAAGGGCGCGCAGUUCAAAACGAAGUUUUUUAGUUGGCGAGGAAGACAUUUUGCCACAUUUUUGAUACUUCCCGGAUGCAAAAUGAUACAUUUUUUGCCACUGGAUCAGGUCCCUCACUGUAAUCACUAAAAAAAUUCGGCGCUUUAGUUGCGGAAUAAAGAAGUAAUCUCCUAAAGAUGACUUAUUUUCUGGAAUCCCCCCUGAACCUUCAAACUUUGGAUUCCUGGCCUUUCAAUUAUUCGGGAUUAAGGAGCAGAGUGAUAAAAUUACCCGAAAAGAGUGUCAUUUCCCUUCCUCCUUACGAUUACUUCCUUAUAUUGCAUGUCUGCCCCUCCCUUCAUGAACUUGUGACUAAUCCGGCUUCGAAACAAAGUUAAUUAAUUUCAGUUGGAAACACGAAGCCCUCGUGCGUCGCUCGGUCAGCAAGAGGUCGGCGGUCCAUCGACUGGCGCCCGAAGAGCGCCUCCUGGAGCAGAUCAGUUGGAACGGAGAGUGUACUCAGACUCCGAUACCCACUGAACAGGUGAUGAUCAUGCAAGGGGAGUAUCUUAAUCCAGCACCAGUAUGA